CAACUCGAAAUCGCAGUGCAGCCCUUUGGCUGAUUUUGAUUUUCAGUGUUCUAUUAUCUUAUCAAAUUUGUUAGGAAUUGGGGAUUUUAUCACAUACAAUUUUCAUAACAUUAUAUUUUUUCAAUUUAAUAAAUUUAACUAAUAAAUCACUAUUAUUUUUAUAUUUAAAAAUGUAUUAAUUUUUUUCUCAACACCAAUCAAAUGGUUUUUAACUAGUCUAUUGUAGCAUGCAUCAAUAUCUCCACUACCAAUCGUUUUCACCAAAAACUAUGUAGUCUAUUCAACGGAAUAUUUCAGUAAAAACAGAAAAACUGGUGAGUGUUUAGGUAUUUAAACCUAAGAGUGUAUGUUGCAAUUUAUUUUUUCGUGGUAAGAUUCAACAAUUAAUUUAAUUAGUUGUGCUAAUAGGUACUAUUGUUAAAGUUGGAUACCUACUGUGUUUAGUUCUAUACAUUUAUUUUUGUUCUGUAUUUUACUAGACAGUUUUGAGUUUUGUUAUUUAUUGCUGUUGUUUAUUAUAUUUUGGGUUUUGAUUAUUAUGUUAAACAUAGAAAAAUAAAUAAAUGACAUAUUAUUAACACUUUACAUUCAAUAAUAAAUUAUUUUGUAGAUCAUUUUUAAAGACUGAUUAUUAUGGGUGAAUCAUUACCGGAAUUGUCAAAGCACAAAGUUAUUAUUGUCGGUGCUGGUAUAGCAGGUCUCGCAGCUGCCACACAUUUGACUCAACAUGACAUGAAUGACUAUAUAGUGCUGGAAGCUCAGAAUCGUAUUGGUGGUCGAAUGUGCUCUGCUAAAAUAAGUAUGCAAAUUUACAAUAAAUUGUGACGAAAUUUGUAUACAUAAGUAAUUUACCUAUAGACGAUCAACACAUUGAACUUGGUGCUAAUUGGAUUCAUGGUGUAUUAGGUAAUCCAAUGUAUGAGUUGGCCAUGGCUAGUGGUCUAGUAGAUAUCACUCACCGUCCAAAGUUACCCAGUAUUAUAGCCACUACAAGUGAUGGAACUAAAGUUCCAUUUCAAUUACUUCAAGUAUGUAAAUAUUUAUUUAAUAACUUAAUUAUUCAUUAAAAUGGUGGAUUUAUGUUUUUGUAUACAAAAUAGUACCUACCGAGUAUAAAGUUAUUAUGAUUGUUUUAUAAAACUGAAUAUAAUUUAAUCCGAACUUAUAUAUAAAUAAUAAUAUAAAACUAUUUUAUAGUUACAAAUUAUUUUUUAUAUUUAUUUUCUAGUUAAACCUAUAUAAAUAUUUAUUGUAAGUAUUAGUCAUUCAGUUAAAAAUAAAUAAACUUUUAUAUCUAAGUAAAAAUUGUAUUUAAUUGGUUGCAUUCCCAACAAUUUUUGUUUGGUACUUUUUUUAAUUUUGUUUCCCAUAUUCAUUUUUAAUUUACACAUUUUUUUUUUUAUAAAUGCUGAUAUAAUAUACAACAAUUCAAUUACAUUUUUCCAAACAAAUGCUGGCUACAUAUCUUAGAAGAUUACAAAAACUUAAAUUUGUCAUUGCUUGAUUAAUGUAUAUUUAUUAAAAGAUACAAUUUUAUAUAGCAAACAUAUGGUGCUUAUAUGUGCUUUUUGCGCCGGUGUGAAGAUUAUUUUACCGGUGCAUUCGAUCCACCACCUGGAAUCCAUAGUGUUGGAGAACAUGUUCAACUUGAAAUAGCAAUAUAUCUGGAAAAAGUUCAAAAUUCCAGUAUUCGCAAAUUACAACGAUUAAUUUUUAACUGUUUACUCAAACGAGAAACUUGUAUAAGUGGAUGUAAUAAUAUGAGCGAUAUUGAUCUAGUCGAGUUGGGUAGUUACAAAGAACUCCAGGGCGGUAAUAUAUCACUGCCUAGAGGGUACAGCAGUAUUUUAGAUCCUAUACACAGCAAGUUGCCACCUGACUGUGUGAAAUUAAAUUCUCGAGUAACGAAAAUCAAAUGGCCGUCAGGUAUAGACAAUGGUACUGAUUCGGAAGAUUCCGAUAAGACUGUCAUUGAAGUGGGUGGUGAAGAUGUGACUGACGAAACUGUAUAUGUUCAUUGUGGUAAUAAGAUAUAUGCGGCUGACAGUAUUAUAUGUACACUGCCAUUAGGCGUACUCAAAUCUAAUGAUAUUUUCUGUCCUAAAUUACCGAGGUUCAAAGAAAAAUCUAUUGGGCGAUUGUUGUACGGUGUAGUAGACAAAAUAUUUUUGUACUACGAUCGACCAUUUUUGGGCAAAGAUAUGGAUGAGAUACUUUUGCUGUGGGACAAUGAUGAAACUGGCGAUUGGAGUGAAAAGAUAUAUAGUUUUUCAAAAGUGAACGACACUUUGUUGUUAGGUUGGAUAUCCGGUAACGAAGCUGAAAUUAUGGAAAAAUUAGAUGAUAUAAUAAUUGGUAAUAAGUGUACGGAAAUAUUAAGACGAUUUUUGAACGACCCUUGUAUACCCUAUCCAUCAAAAUGUAUGUGGUUAGUAUUUUUAUUUUUUUUUUUAUAAAGUUAUAUUGUUUAUUUCACUCACAUACUUAUUUAUUUUUAUCACUUUUUGAUUGUAGUACUCGAUGGAAAGCCAAUGAAUUUAGUUUAGGUUCAUACACGGCUAUUGGAGUCGGUUCCAGUCAAUUAGAUAUAGAACAUAUUGCUAGGCCGAUGCAUGUAAAUAAUAAUAAAUUAGUAAGUAAUAUCCAAAAUCUACAGUGAUGUUGAGUUAUUGUUGAGUAAGUUUUUUAAUGCUGUUUUUAUGUGUUUCAGCCUGUGAUAACAUUUGCUGGAGAACAUACACAUCCAAAUUUUUAUUCGACUGUUCAUGGAGCAUAUUUGUCGGGACGUGCAGCUGCUGAAAUGCUUCUUGUAUGUAAGCGCGAAGAUGAACCUCUUGACGGUGCAGAUACUGAUCUUAGUUCGUGGAUACAAGGCAUAGUAGUGUAAUAACAUUUUGUAUUAUUCAAUUUAUAUAAUUGAUUUUGCAUUUGUAUUUAUUUGUUUUACCAAAUUGUGAUAUUAGGUGUUAGAGUUAUUAGACAAUGUUAGACAAGUGUUGCUUUUUUGGCUAUGAACUUUUAAUUAUGAUCAGUAGAUCAUUAAAAAAAACUUCUAUGCCAAACGCAUCUUUAUUUUCUUAAAUAUUUGACUAUUUAUAAAUUUAUAAAAAUUUCAUACAUUUUGCAUUACCAUGGACAAAUUUUCUUUUAAUUUUAAACAAUGAAGUACACACAUAAAAAAAAAACAUUUUUAUGCUUUAAUAUUUAUUUUUUGGUUCCUUAUUAUUAUUAAUAUUAUUUAUUUUUUGAGCUUUUGUAAAUUGUUUAAUAAAACCAUACUAGUCUUAAAAUAAAAGUACAACUAUUUUAUUUAAAACCUUAAUUUAUUGUUCUUACCAUAAACUCUCUGAUGUAAACUGUAU